GUGUGCCGUGCAGAGGUGCUGCUGCAACCACAUAUGUUGGCUGCAGCAGCACCAUGCUGGAACAGGGGUCAGCAAGUGUCAUUGGUGUCAGUGGGAGGAAUAGUGCCCCAUCAUUGGUGUCACUGUGGGAGGAAUAGUGUCCCUUCAUUGGUGUCAGUGGGAGGAAUAGUGCCCCAUCAUUGGUGUCAGAGCGAGGAAUCGUGCCCCAUCAUUGGUGUCAGUGGGAGGAAUAGCACCCCAUCAUUG